AUGGCUGAUGUCGACGUCUCCACCGUAGCCACUCGUGUCGCGACGAUCAUCACUGCCUACCGCGACGGCCUCGAUCUGCUCAACCGCCUCAAAGACGAGCGCGCCGACAAACAUGCCGCCAACUCGAAGGCACUGGACGAGCUGACUAGCUCGCUGACCCAAGGCCCGAUUAUAUACACCCGAGGAGACCCCGUUGUGCGCGAGCAACUCAAAGAAAUCAUCAUAAACCUCCAAAUGACACUCCUCACCAACCUCCGCAUAUCUCUUGCCAACGAUACAAUCGAAAUCGAACUCGAUGCCCUGCGGGCUGCCUCUGAUAACAACCGCGUGGACUCGAGUAUGGCGCUCUGCCAGCUGUCCCAGCGUCUCGCCAGCACCGUAACCACCCCUGCUCCUCCCCCGCCACAGGGCCCGAUGCGGUUAAAGUCUAUGCCCCUGAUGAUCGAUAGCAGCAGACGGCCAGCCCAGCGAAACAACCCGCCGCAGCCGAGUGGCAGCAGUAGUAGUAGCAUUAUCAGUAAGCAGAAUAGAGAGGGCGUGUGGCCGCUGUUCCCGAGUACGUCUACGACAAGGACGCUUGGAACAUUGGAGGCUGCUGCGUCUUCGUGUGUGUCUAUUUGUAGCUCAGUUUCGUCAGAUAUUUUGCCACCGUCUAUGACACCGUUGAUUGCAGUUUGUGAUUCAGGGGUAUCUUCGCCAUCACCCCCACAGUCGCAGUGUCACACCCAAUCACCAUCGCCAUCGGUGUUGAAUCCAAUGAUUGCAGAUCUAACAAGUCUAGGUCAUUUCCAUCCCGCGUAUCGACCGGAGCGCGAGCAGGGGAUGUGUGAGCAGCAGCUACAGCUGCCAGAGAUGCCGCGCUCGAUUCCAGACUUUCUACCUCCGUUGGGAGGUGUUGAUACUAGUAUUAGAGGAGAUGGUGAUCAUUAG